UACUGAAGCUAUUUUUAGUUUUGGGAAUUUCCUUUUUGGAAUUCCUUAAUUACUUUUAGGGAAUGUUGUGUGUAAUCAAAGGUUGAAUAUCAUGACACCAAGGUACUGAUUUUACAAUGUCUAGUGAAAGAUUCUGUAUACUGUUAACAAAAUGCCUGGGUAAGAAGAAAGAGAAGAAGUUCAUGAAAUCAUCCACUUCAAAAGUAGAAAUACUACCAGGAACAUUGUUACUACUUUUGGAUGUUAUCAAAAACUCUGCUCCACCAAAUCAAUUACAGUUUGUUUUAGAAACUCUUGACCAGGAAGAUGUGGAGGUGACGUGUUCCCGUGAUGAUUUCAAUGAUAUUAGCAGAGAUGAAUAUGAACUUUUAAUAAAUGUGCCAACUUGUGCAGACAGGUAUCAAAUAUUUAUGAAUAAAGAAUGGAUGCAGGAAGGUCAGAAAAUGAAAGUUGGAGAUUAUGUUGAAGUUUAUGAUAAAGCCUCCGCAAAAGAUUUGAUAGGAAUACUGCGAUUCAGAGGUCAUGUGCAUGGUCUUAAUGGAAUCCACUUCGGUGUUGAGCUUGUGUACAACAAAGGUCAAGGUCACAGUGAUGGAAUGUUCAGGAAUCAGCGUUACUUUCAAUGUGCUCCAGAGUCAGCAUUAUUUGUGGGUCUUCACAGAAUUCGGCAACAUAAAGGGCCACCUCCACAGCGUCAGUCAGACAUAGCCGGAGCCAGCGCUGCAAACGUGUACAGUCAGUACGGGAAAGAAAAUGCUUACGGAUUAAAGAUGGGUGAUAGAAUUGUGUGGAUAAGUGAUGAAGGACCAGAAGCAGGAGUUGUCAAGUGGAUUGGGCUACUUCCAGAUUGCAGAGCAGAUGACGACAUCACUGUUGGAGUUGAAUUUGAUCAUCCGGUGGGUUCAGGUACAGGAAAAUACCGAGAUCAGCGACUGUUCACAGCCAAACAGAACCAUGCUUCUCUUGUACCUAUACUAGGACUUAUGAAAGAAGAAGAGUAUCGAAAUGAAUCUAGGCCAGUUGACAGUGAGAAUGCAUUGGCUGCUUUCACUGAAGCGGGUUGUAUUGGGAAAACCCAAGAGGAGGUUAUUGAGGAACAGAGACGCAUCAUGGAGGAAGCUCGCUUACAGAAGUUCUCUCCAAGGCUACCAGCAGAUGGAACACAACAACCAGACAUCAAACAUGAGAAGAAAAACAGUUUUGAAGUUGUAGAGCAUGCCAUGGUUCAUGCUGCUCCAUCCUCAAAUGUACAAACUCCACCAGCUGCUUGCAAAGGCUUCCCUGACACUAAAGGCAUAAAUCCUUUGUAUGAAUAUUCAAGGUCGAAACAUG